GUGCAAAGUAGAUAAGUUACACGUGCUGCUUCUACAAAAGAGCAAGGUUCUCGCUACCUCAGUUACCUCAGCUCAGGAGCUCUGUCCACAAGACCAAUCAGAUGUGAGAGGUGAUUGGCCCUGGAAGACGCACUCCAUUUAUUUGUUACACCAGCAUCCGUUUUUUUUUAUAUAACCACUGAAUACUUUUGGAGUUUUAGUAUCUUGUUUACUACCGCAUCAUCGAGGAUGUCGCGCCUUAUGCUUGGAGUUCUGAGAAGAUCGGGGACGUGUGUGGGGGUGCGUUCCCUAGCCUCCGUCCCUUCCCUCCCCCCAGCCGUGGCCGAGUUUGUGAAGGGGGCGGUGGACGAGUGCAAGCCCUCCAGGGUUCACGUGGUAACGGGGUCGACCCAGGAGCUUCAGGACAUCUACGCAGGCCUGCAGAAAGAGGGCAUGGUCAAGAAGCUGCCGAAAUAUGAGAACUGCUGGCUGGCACGCACAGAUCCCCGCGAUGUGGCUCGUGUGGAGAGUAAGACGGUGAUCGUGACUAAGAAUGAGCGCGACACUAUUCCCAUCCCCAGCGGCGGCGUCAAAAGCCAGCUGGGCAGUUGGAUGAGCGAGAGCAACUUCCAGGAGGCCAGACAGGACCGCUUCCCUGGCUGCAUGGCAGGCAGGACAAUGUACGUGAUCCCCUUCUGCAUGGGUCCAGUGAACUCCCCCCUGGCCAAGUUUGGCGUGCAGGUCACAGACUCCCCGUAUGUGGUGGCUAGCAUGGGCAUCAUGACCCGCAUGGGCACGCCCAUCCUGAACAAGCUGGCAGAGGGGGCAGAGUUUGUACGGUGCCAACACUCGCUGGGCAGACCCCUCCCUCUCAAAGCUCCCCUGGUGAGCAGCUGGCCCUGUAACCCAGAGAAGGUGCUCAUCUCCCACCUUCCGGACUCCAGGCAGAUCUUGUCCUUCGGCAGCGGCUAUGGAGGAAACUCACUGCUGGGGAAGAAGUGCUUCGCCCUCCGCAUCGCCUCACGCAUCGCCAAAGAUGAGGGCUGGCUCGCCGAGCACAUGCUGAUCCUGGGCAUCACCAAUCCUCAGGGAGUGAAGCGCUACGUGGCGGCGGCGUUCCCCAGUGCCUGUGGGAAGACCAACCUGGCCAUGAUGAAGCCCGCGCUGCCGGGGUGGACCGUGGAGUGUGUGGGGGACGACAUCGCCUGGAUGAAGUUCGACAGCCAGGGAAAACUCAGAGCCAUUAACCCAGAGAAUGGUUUCUUCGGAGUGGCUCCGGGCACCUCCAUGAAGACUAACCCACACGCCAUGGCAACCAUCGCCAAAAACACUGUCUUCACCAACGUGGGCGAAACCAGCGACGGAGGCGUCUGGUGGGAAGGCCUGGACGCCCCGGCCGCUGGGGUCGGCAUCACCGACUGGCACGGGAAGUCCUGGAAGAUCGGAGACUCCACUCCAUGCGCCCACCCCAACUCCCGGUUCUGUGCCCCUGCCGGCCAGUGCCCCAUCGUUGACCCCCUGUGGGAGAGCGACGAGGGUGUGCCUAUUGAUGCCAUCAUCUUUGGGGGCCGCAGACCAGAAGGUGUGCCCCUGGUCUAUGAGUCUUUCAACUGGCGUCACGGAGUGUUUGUAGGAGCAGCUAUGAGGUCCGAGUCUACAGCAGCAGCAGAACACAAAGGAAAGGUCAUCAUGAACGACCCCUUCGCCAUGCGCCCCUUCUUCGGCUACAACUUUGGUGACUACCUGGGUCACUGGCUCAGCAUGGAGUCCCGCAAGGCACCCACACAGCUGCCGAAGAUCUUCCACGUCAACUGGUUCCGCAAGGACCAGGCCAGCGGCGCCUUCCUUUGGCCCGGCUUCGGUGAGAACGCCCGCGUGCUUGAGUGGAUCUUCCGCCGCUGCGGCCGGCAGAGUCACGACGAGGCCGCCAAGAAGAGCAUCGUGGGCUGGGUGCCCCAGGACGGCGCCAUCAGCCUGGAGGGGCUGGGGGAGAAGGUGGAUAUGGGGGCGCUGUUCGACCUGCCCAAGCCCUUCUGGCAGAAGGAGGUGCACGAGCUGCAGGCGUACUUCACCCAGCAGGUGGGGGCUGACCUGCCCUCGCAGGUGGGCGAGGAGCUCAAAGCACUGGAGGAGAGGGUGAGGAAUUGAGCAAAGACAGAGGGAUGGAUGGAGAGAUCGAUUGAGCGAUAAAUAGAGAUAAGGAGGAAGGAGAGAUGAGAUUGUAAAACAGAUCUUUCAGUGGUUGUGAUGCUGAGAGAGACAGGGGUGGGGUGGGGGUGG